UAUGGGAUUUGAUGUGGGAAGUGAGUCAUUACGAGAGAUACUGCUGCCCGAGAGCCUCAACCAGAAUGCCUUAUUGGAGUUCAAGUUGGGUGCUACAGGAGAUAGAAAAUCCAUUGGUCUGUUUGUGAGGUGUGACACUGAGACUGAUAGCUAUCUUGAUAUAUGGGUGAUGAAGGAGUAUUUUGUUCAGAAGUCGUGGACCAAAUUGAUGAUUCUCACUCCACAAGGUCCGGAAAGAAGUUUGUCCAAGCCAAUUUGUUUUAGGAGGAGUGGUCAUGAAGUGGUGUUGCAACUUGAAGAUGACCAUGGAUUGGUUUCACUUGACAUUGUGAGCAAACAGUUCAAAAGUUUCGGGAUUUCUGCAGGUCUGGUUUGUUCUGUUGACUCGUAUGAAGAGAGCCUUGUCUUGCUUGACAGGGAAAAUGCAAUUUCUUACUGAGGGGAAAUAAUAGGUGAAGUAUUUGCUUAG